AAGAGUUAUGUACCCCCAAGUAUCUCACCCUUAGAACUUUCUGGAACUUUAAAUAUAAACAUAAACAGAGAUACCGUAAGCAUUGCAACAUAUUAUAUUGUUAUUGCAUCAGCCAGGAUGCUGAUGGAUCAUUCCACGAAUCUCCAACUUUGUAAAGCAUCAACUGUAUGGAGUGUAGAGUGAUGUAUCAGCAGAUUGGUCACGUAGGCCACUCUUAGUGUUAAGACUAUGUCAUUGUAUGAGUCAGUAUUAAACGGACCUCAAAUCGGAACGGUUAUGCUCGUCUUUAAUUUUAGUUUUUAAAAACCUAAUAGCGCGGACCCGCAAUUUGACUGGCGCAGCCGGUAGGAUAGUCGCUAAUAUUAGCAGCGCGUGUUUCGCAUCUGUCGGUUCGAGCGUCAAAUUCUGCUUACCUAAAAAGGUGAAAUUACGUCGCGAUUCGCUAUUAAACGGCUAUUCCAAGAACCAAACAAAUACGUCGAGAAACGGGUAUCCAAAAGUGCAUUAGUGUUUUUGCUCGAGUGUUGAGGCAGCGAUGCGUUGGUGCUGCUUAGUGGCCAUGAUGGCUCUCAUGAGCCCCAGCCUGGGCCUUCAACUUCAAAAGAUUGAAAACAAUCCCGGGAUCCUCCCCGUAAGACAAGGAACAGCUGUUAUUCAACAGGAUAACUGGCUUAUUUUUAAGGUAUUAGAUUUAAAUGGCCUACUGAUGGAAUUAGAAUAUAAUAAUAGGAAGUAUAGUAACUUUAGUAAGUUAGUAUCCGUAGAUAAGCCUUAUUUUAAUGAAUUUUUAGGAAUACGAGAACAAGUAGAGUAUUUACAGAAAAUUACUAUAAAUAAGUUUAAACAGAUAAUCCCUUCACACCGAGUCCGUAGAGGAAUAUUGAACCCUAUUGGUUCUAUAAUAAAAGUCAUAACAGGAAACUUAGAUCAGGAAGACGCUCAACAUUACGAACAGUUAAUAAGUAAUCUAAAUAAUCAACAGAUCUCUACAAACAAACGCUUAACCGUUGUUUCUAAGAUGAUAGACGGUCUAAUUAACUCAUCAGAAAUAUUACAUAAUAACUCAAAAAUUAUGGACAAUAGACUAAAACGUAUUGAAAUAAUGUUAAAGGAAAUCAGCACUAAAGAAAAUAAUGCAGUUUACUCUACUUAUAUCUUAAGCUUGUAUAACCUAUUUGUAAGUAAUUUUAGAACGCUUUAUAUAAAGAUUAGCGAGUUAGAGACUGCCUUAGCCUUCACUAAGAUAAAUAUUGUACAUCAAUCUAUACUUAACUCAACUGAUUUAUUACAGCUGUUAAUUAAUAUAUCUAAAUCUGAAAACCUUAUGUAUACACCUACCUUGGAAAAUUUAGUAAAAAUAGAAGAUACAAUCAAUGUUAAAUCAUACAUGAUAGAUAGAAAGAUAACAUUUGUAUUAGAAAUACCAUUGAUAGCAAACUCUACCUAUAAUUACUAUAGAAUGUACCCCUUACCUAUCUUUCAUGACCCUGAAAACCUUACCCUUGUAAUAAUUCCCAAAUAUCCUUAUAUCCUGGUGAGAGGUGUUACAUAUUUACCACUUAUACAACCUUGCAAGCAGGUAUCUGAAGAAAAUUACCUAUGCACUCAUGAAAAUAGAGCACCAUACCCUGAAAUUACAUGCACUGAGGAGCUGAUGACAUUUAAAGAGCACCCGACUCACUGUAAUCAGAAUGCAGUGAUUAUAGAACAGAUUAAGGUUCAGAAAAUAUCUAUUAAUAAAUGGAUAUUAUAUAGCCGCAACACAACCAUUAUUGAAAAGCGAUGUAAUAGCGAAAUAAGCCGUAACUCCAUAAAGGGUACGUAUAUAAUACUUAUAGACGAACCCUGUGACCUCUACAUUAACAAUAUGCAGCUGCAUCAUCAACGAUCAUAUACCGAGAAUAUGUCAUCAGAACGCAUCCCUUCAAUAAAACUGCCGGAACUACAAACCAGAGUAAACUCCAAGGAAAACGAGAAUCCAGUAAAUCUUCAAGGAAUGGACCUCAGCGACCUGCAACACAUGUCCUACAUGCUGAAACAACUCAAUAGUGAAAGUGAUAGUGAAAUGGGCAAUUCAGUGAAAGUGAAAAGCAUUAGUCUAGGCACUCUUUUACUGUAUUUUAUUGUAUUUUUAAUGAUUAUUGUGUUUAUUCUUAAAAAUAGGAAAAAGCUCACUAAUAUGUUGCAGUGGCGAAAUCAUCGAGAUGUGCAUGUGCAACCCCCCGAUAAUUUCGCUCUUAAGGAGGGAGGAGUUAUGUACCCCCAAGUAUCUCACCCUUAGAACUUUCUGGAACUUUAAAUAUAAACAUAAACAGAGAUACCGUAAGCAUUGCAACAUAUUAUAUUGUUAUUGCAUCAGCCAGGAUGCUGAUGGAUCAUUCCACGAAUCUCCAACUUUGUAAAGCAUCAACUGUAUGGAGUGUAGAGUGAUGUAUCAGCAGAUUGGUCACGUAGGCCACUCUUAGUGUUAAGACUAUGUCAUUGUAUGAGUCAGUAUUAAACGGACCUCAAAUCGGAACGGUUA